CCUAAAGCGCUGCCGUCGCGGCUGCAGGACUGACCGUCAGGACUGACCGUCAUGAUGCCAGCGGACGGACCCAUGUCCUCCCUCGUGCAGAGGAUCGCCCGGCAGGCGCUGGCCACCUUCCGGAGCCCCGGGGACGGCUCUGCCCGCUCCUUCCUGGAGAACCACGACAAGCUGCGGGGCCUGAUGACGGAAGUGCGGUCCUCGGACCUGAAUCUGGCCGCUGACGCGCGCCCCCGCGGCGGCAGCAGUACCAGGGGCGGGGGCGCGCCCCGGCCGCCGGUCUCCUACAUGCACAUCUGCGAGACGGACCACUUCAGCAUGGGGGUGUUCCUGCUGCAGAGCGGAGCGUGCAUCCCCCUGCACGACCACCCGGGCAUGCACGGCGUCCUCAAGGUGCUGUACGGGAAAGCGCGCAUCCGCUGCUUCGACCGGCUGCAGCUGCAGCAGAUCCGGCCCAUGCACGAACCGGGAUCGAGCAUGCAUCCUCUCCCCGAGGUCCCCGCGGCCCAGGUGGGCGCCCUGCGGCGCUCCGUGCUGCGCUCCUGCGCAGACUACACGGAGCUCAGCGGGCCGUGCGUGCUGGAGCCCGAGCGGGACAACCUGCACCAGAUCCACGCCGUGGACGGCCCCGCGGCCUUCAUGGACAUCCUGGCCCCCCCCUACGACCCGGACCAGGGCCGGGACUGCCACUACUUCAGGGAGGUGGAGGUCGGGGGGGUGGAGGUGCAGGAGCAGGGCCAGGAGGUUUGGCUGAUGGAGAUCUCGCAGCCCCCGGACUUCUGGUGUGGAGGGGAGCCGUACCCGGGCCCCGAGGUGCAGCUCUGAUCCCCCCGGGCCCCGAGGUGCAGCUCUGAUCCCCCCGGGCCCCGAGGUGCAGCUCUGAUCCCCCUGGGCCCUGAGGUGCAGCUCUGAUCCCCCCGGGCCCCGAGGUGCAGCUCUGAUCCCCCCGGGCCCCGAGGUGCAGCUCUGAUCCCCCCGGGCCCUGAGGUGCAGCUCUGAUCCCCCUGGGCCCUGAGGUGCAGCUCUGAUCCCCCUGCACACAGCGGUGCAGCCCUGGUACCCCGGAUGCAUCCCGGUCUCCGACCCUCUUUGGGUCAUAAAUCCGUUUUUCUGCUGCAGAGGAAGUUAUUGGGGUCAACUUGGAGCUUUUGGAGACCGUCACGCACCCGCAACCCCGACCUCGGGCUCCAAAGGGGAUCCGGGAAGCAGAUAUGUGCAAAUAUCUGUUAUCGGAGGGGACUUUUAUCUCACAUGGAGGAAUAUUUGAUUACUUUGAAGAGCUUUUAUCCACAAAUCCAGUUGCCACCACCAAGAAAAAGCACCCAAAAUAACUUCGGACCCCCAUCCAACCCGUUUAUGGCAAAUUCAGAAGGAGACCAGUCAUGUUGGGACAAAAAUGUUUAAUUCAGGCACUAAUUUCAUUCCCGGUUCCCGGAGGUGCGCUCUGGUCCCCGGACUGGUCUCGCUGGUGGAGGAUCUGGACUAUAUCUGGUCUUUUUUGGGUCAUGAAUCAGUUUUUCUGCUGCAAAGGAAGUUAUUGGGGUCAACUUGGAGCUUUUGGAGACCGUCACGCACCCGCAACCCCGACCUCGGGCUCCAAAGGGGAUCCGGCGACCAGAUAUGUACAAAUCUGAUAUCGGAGGGGACUUUUAUCUCACAUGGAGGAAUAUCUGAUUACUUUGGAAGAUAUUUUAUCCACAAAUCCAGUUGAAAAACCACCCUGGACUCCAAACUCGACCUGUUUAUGGCAAAUUCAGAAGAAGACCAGUCAUGUUGGGACAAAAAAGUUUAAUUCAAGCCCUAGUCUCCGACCCUCUUUGGGUCAUGAAUCAGUUUUUCUGCUGCAAAGGAAGUUAUUGGGGUCAACUUGAAGCUUUUGGAGACCGACACGCACCCGUAACGCCGAUCUCGGGCUCCAAAGAGGAUCCGGCGACCAGAUAUGUGCAAAUAUCUGAUAUCGGAGGGGACUUUUAUCUCACAUGGAGGAAUAUUUGAUUACUUGGAAGAGGUUUUAUCCACAAAUCCAGUCGCCACCACCAAGAAAAAACACCCAAAAUAACUCCCAUCCGACCCGUUUAUGGCAAAUUCAGAAGGAGACCAGUCAUAUUGGGACAAAAAAGUUUAAUUCAAGCCGUAAUUACUUCCUCCCGAGUCUGUAUUGGAUUUGGCAAGCCUGCAUCAGAACCAGGACUGUUUUUAAGUUGGCUUAGAGGUGUUGAAGUUGUGAUACUCAUGGUCCCCCGGGGAUGCGCCCCAGAUAUGUACAAAUCAGAUAUCAGAGGGGACUUUUAUCUCACAUGGGGGAAUAUUUGAUUACUUUGGAAGAGGUUUUAUCCACAAAUCCAGUUGAAAAAUCACCCUAGACUCCAAACCCGACCUGUUUAUGUCAAAUUCAGAAGAAGACCAGUCAAAUUGUGAAUUAAAUGUUUAAGCACUUUAAACUUUUAAGCAAAGCAUUUUGUUUUUUGAUAUAAAAUAAAUACAUGUCUAUGCAGUUUAGAAGUUUUGGGGAUGUCCCUUUUUUUUUUUUCUUGGUGCCUGCACUGCUGAAAUCGGGGUGUCGUAAUUUGGCUAAAAGGAGGUUCCUGGUCCCCCCCAGGAUGCGCCCCAGAUAUGCACAAAUCUGAUAUCAAAGGGGACUUUUAUCUCACAUGGAGGAAUAUCUGAUUACCUGGAAUCCACAAAUCCAGUCCCCACCACCAAGAAAAAACACCCAAAAUAACUUCGGACCCUUUUAUGUCAAAUUCAGAAGGAGACCAGUCAUGUUGGGACAAAAAUGUUUAAUUCAAGCCCUAAUUUCUUCCCGGUCCCCGGACUGGUCUCGCUGGCGGCUCUGGUGGAGGAUCUGGACUAUAUCUGGUCUUUUUUGGGUCAUGAAUCAGUUUUUCUGCUGCCGAGGAGGUUAUAGGGGUCAACGACACGCACCCGCAACCCCGACCUCGGGCUCCAGAGCGGCGUACUCCCCCGGUAUAAUUCAGCCCUGAAAGUUCAGAUGAAGAAGAUGAUGAUGAUGGAAGUAAAGCCAAAAAAUACAAAGAUGAUGGAGAUGUGGAGUACUACAGGCAACGAAUAAGGAGAUGGAAACGGCAGCGACUUCGGGAACGGGAGCAGAAGAGAGAAAGAGAUGAGGAGCUUACAGAUGACAGUCGCGCCUCCGGGGAGCAGAUAUGUACAAAUCUGAUAUCAGAGGGGACUUUUAUCUCACAUGGAGGAAUAUUUGAUUACUUUGGAAGAGGUUUUAUCCACAAAUCCAGUCCCCACCACCAAGAAAAACCACCUACCCCAACAAAUUUGGAAGAAGACCAGUCAUAAUGGGACAAAAAUGUUUAAUUCAAGCCCUAAUUUCUUCUUCCUGAGUCGGUAUUGGAUGUUGGAUUGGAUUUGGGAAUCCUGCAUCGGAACGAGGACUGAUCUUUUUAAUUUGGCUAAGAGGUGUUGAAGUCGUGUAAAAGAGGAUGCGUCGGCAGUUGGCCGUUCUUGUUCACACUACACGAUCAUUUCAGUCUCACAAUUCACUCCCGGGAGUCGCACCAAAGACCCUUGAACAUGUCCAGACCCUUGAAGGAGUGAGUGUGAUUGACGGGUCGGAAUAACUCUGGAGGAGAACCGACAACCUGUGGUAAAGGUUGCUCGUGCUGCCUUCAGGGCGCGUCUGGAUUUCCCGGCUUUUUUAAAGAAUUUGGGUAAUUUUUUGGGGUCACGUAUGAACUUGCACGGCCGGAGCCGUCACAGACUGUUGGUGUUGGAAAUGAGCAGUUUGAUGGACAAUAUUUAUUCUGCCGCGUGUUUUUUCGCGUCGUCCAGGCGCUUUUCUCGCGUCCUCCAGGUCGGAGAACCGGACUUUGAGUUAAAAACAUCCCAAACUUGCAGGUUUCCACCCCUCAGGGACUUUUCUGCACCGAGUCCAUCUGUGGGUCGUGUCGUCAUCGUGAGGUCGUGUUCGUGCGUUGUGUGACGCCAGAGUAUAUAGAGAAAUAAAAUGUUUAUCGUCGCGAAAAUAAAGAGCAUGAAAGUG